AUGGAGUUUGCAUUCAGCAGUGCAGAGAUGGCACCACUUGCUGGUGUGUGCACUCAAAAUUAUGCCAGGUCCAUGCAUUUCAAAUACCAACCCCACAAAUUUGCCAUUGCUUGGACUGUCCACAGGGAUCACCCUCCUGAAGCUGGAGGUCAUUUCUAUAUCGGGUCAUACCAAAUGUGCAUCAAGGCAGCCCCAAAUACUCUGGUUGUCUGA